AUGGCGACCACGUCGGUACGGCCGAAUCUCUUUCGGCGCGUUGCCGAAAAGGUGGCCGUAGAGUCCGAGCCGGGGCUGUCGAGUACCCAACUGAUGUUGACGAACCACGAUCUCAAGCCCGUCGAGCCCGAACGUCGCCAAUGGGGUCCCUGGAACUUUGUGGGAUUUUGGAUUGCCGAUUCCUUCAACAUCAACACGUGGAUGAUCUCGUCGUCUAUGAUCGUCGGGGGUCUGUCGUGGUGGCAGUCAUGGCUAUGUGUCUGGCUCGGUUACGCAAUCUCGGCUUGCUUCAUCUGUCUGACCGGUCGCAUCGGCGCCACCUACCACAUCGGUUUCCCCGUCGCGAGUCGCUCGUCGUUUGGUAUCUGGGGUAGUUUGUGGCCGGUGUUUAACCGUGCUGCUAUGGCUUGUGUUUGGUAUGGCGUGCAGUCGUACAUUGGAGGUCAUUGUGUGUACUUGAUGAUUAGAGCUAUUUGGAAAAGCUGGGAUCGGGAGACCAUCCCCAAUACCUUCGCACCAGGCUCAGGAACUACUACGGCGGACUACGCAUCAUUCUUCAUCUUUUGGGUCUGCUCGCUACCGGCAAUCUGGUUCCCCGUUCAUAAAAUCCGCCAUCUUUUUACGGUCAAGGCUUACUUUGUUCCUUGUGCUGGCAUUGCCUUUCUGAUCUGGUCUGUUGUCCGUGCAGGUGGGGUCGGGCCCAUCGUCCGGCAGCCGGCAAAAAAGACAGGAAGCGAGCUUGGGUGGGAGUUUGUUAAAGGCGUGAUGAGCUCGAUUGCGAAUUUCGCUACGCUCAUUGUGAACGACCCCGAUUUCUCCCGUUUCGCUACCAAGCCCCGCGAUGCGCUCUGGUCGCAGUUGUUCACCAUCCCCAUCGGCUUCGCCGUCACCUCCUUCAUCGGCAUCAUCGUGUCCUCCUCAUCAACCAUCAUCUACGGUGGCGACCCUAUCUGGGACCCACUAGAGCUUCUCGAGAAAUUUCUCGACGAUGGCAAUUCCGGCGAGCGUUUCGGCGUCUUCGUCAUUGCGGCCGCUUUCUCCCUCGCCCAGCUUGGCACCAACAUCGCGGCCAACUCGGUCUCCGCAGGAACGGACAUGACUGCUCUGCUUCCGCGUUACCUCAACAUCCGCCGCGGCGGAUACAUUUGUGCUGCCGUUGGUCUCGCCAUGUGUCCGUACAACUUGCUCACAUCUAGUAACAUGUUCACCACCUACUUGUCCGCCUACAGCGUCUUCCUCUCCUCGAUCGCAGGCGUCAUCAUUUCCGACUACUACAUCGUCCGUAAAGGCUUUCUCGAGGUGAAGGAACUCUACGACGGCCGCCGCAGCGGUCCCUACUUCUUUACCGCCGGUUUCCAUUGGCGCGGAUAUGCCGCGUACAUCGCGGGCAUCGCCAUCAACGUGGUUGGGUUCGCUGGCGCGGUGGGGGCAGCGGUGCCGAUCGGAGCGACGUAUCUGUACAACCUGAACUUCUUCUGCGGGUUUGGGGUGUCGGCAUUUGUGUAUUGGGCGUUGUGCAAGGUGUGGCCCGUGCCGGCGACGAGUGAUCGUUGGAUGGAGGUCGGCGAUGAGAUUGUGGACUUGCGCGUGGCGUAUGAUCACCAGAGUGAGAGCCAAGAGGAUGAGGGGAUUGAAAGUGAGAGUGCGGGUACGGGGAAGAAGGUGGUGGCGACGGAUGUUGGCAAGGCCGUGUAG